AUGAGUGCUUACACUUUGUUUCACACAGAAGUAAGAUGGCUAUCUCGUGGACGUGUCCUACAAAGAUUUUAUGAACUUAGAGAGGAGUUAUUAUUGUUUUUUACUUGUGAAGAAUCACAAUAUGCUGAUUUUCUCAGUGAUGAUUCCUGGUGUGCCAAAGUAGCCUUUCUAGCAGAUAUAUUUGAAAAACUGAAUUACUUAAACAAGUGCAUGCAAGGAAAGCAAGAGAAUAUUCUCACAUCUACAGAUAAGAUCAGUUCUUUUCAACAGAAGUUGUUAUUAUGGAUUUCAAAAAUUGAAAAACAGACAAAUUGGGAUAUGUUUGAUCUUGCCAACAUUAAUUCAGAUCUUACAAACUUAAUUUUAAAAAGUCUACGUUUGCUUUAUGAAAAUAUAAAAAAGUAUUUUCCGUCUUUGGAUGUCUCGUCGAUGGAUUGGGUGAGAAAUCCUUUCAUUGACUCAGCAUAUGAGACUGCAUUGUUUAACACUGAUGAAGAAAGUGAAUUGAUUGAUAUAAAAAAUGACCGUGGUCUUAAGGUACAGUACUCUAAAUUAGUUGAAGAUACUGCGAGAGAGUCAAAGUUAAAAAAAAUCAAAAUAAAUGUAGAUGUCUCAUCUUUUUGGAUAAAUCUAUUAAAUGAGUAUCCCAAGAUUUCAAGAAAAGCUAUGAAUGCGAUACUGCCUUUUUCUACAUCCUAUAUUUGUGAAGCAGCAUUCUCUUCCAUGAAUGCCAUCAAAACUAAAAAUCGAUCACAACUGAAGAACUUGGAAGACGACAUGAGGGUGUGCUUAUCAACCAUUCGACCACGAAGGAAGCUAAUAAUGAAGACAAAACAGUCCCAAAUUUUUCACUAA